AUGGGUUGCGGGAUGAGCACAGAGGAGAGGGAGGGCAAGGAGAGGAAUGAGCAGAUUGAAAAUCAAUUAAAAAGGGAUAAAUUACUCCAGCGCAAUGAAAUAAAAAUGCUUCUUCUCGGAGCUGGAGAGUCUGGCAAAUCAACAAUCCUCAAACAAAUGAAGCUCAUUCAUGAAGGAAGCUAUUCAAGAGAUGAGCGCGAGUCUUUCAAAGAGAUCAUAUACAGCAAUACCGUCCAGUCAAUGCGCGUGAUACUAGAGGCAAUGGAAUCCCUAGAACUACCUCUGGACGAUCAACGAUCCGAAUACCACGUUCAAACCAUUUUCAUGCAACCCGCACAGAUCGAAGGUGAAAGUCUGCCACCGGAGGUCGGAACUGCCAUCAAAGAGCUGUGGAGAGAUGGUGGAGUUCAACAAUGCUUCCAACGAUCACGAGAAUACCAGCUGAAUGACUCGGCCAAAUACUACUUUGAUUCCAUCGACCGCAUAGCACAACCCGACUAUCUCCCCAACGAUCAAGAUGUGCUCCGAUCUCGUGUCAAGACCACUGGCAUUACGGAAACAACUUUCAUCAUCGGCGAACUCACAUAUCGUAUGUUCGACGUCGGUGGUCAACGGUCAGAGCGCAAGAAGUGGAUACAUUGCUUUGAGAACGUGACCACCAUCCUCUUCCUUGUCGCCAUCUCCGAGUACGAUCAACUUCUCUUCGAAGAUGAGACAGUCAACCGAAUGCAAGAGGCAUUGACCCUUUUCGAUUCGAUCUGCAAUUCGAGAUGGUUUGUAAAAACGUCCAUCAUUCUGUUCUUGAACAAGAUCGACAGGUUCAAGGAAAAACUUCCUGUUUCUCCAAUGAAGAAUUACUUCCCGGAUUAUGAAGGCAAGCUAGACCAGAAUGGAACCAAUGGACGAGCACAUCAGAGAUCUAAUUUGGCUGAAGGUGGAGCGGAUUACGCCGCAGCAUGCGACUACAUCCUCAACCGAUUCGUUUCUCUAAAUCAACAUGAGACUAAACAGAUCUAUACCCAUUUCACGUGCGCCACAGACACAACUCAGAUCCGCUUUGUCAUGGCGGCAGUGAACGAUAUCAUUAUACAAGAAAACCUUCGUGAUUGUGGUCUGUUAUAG